AUGUUCACUUUAUUGAUGUUUUUCGUUAGAUGUCGAACGCUUCGUCACGAUCGACCUUACCUACUCUACCUAUAUCCGACUUCGAUUGACACACGUCACAAGCCAUGGCCGCGCGUUGUAGAUUUUCUUCGUUUAUUUCCAAGUGGCUCACUGAUACUUGACGUGGGGUGUGGUAAUGGUAAAUACAUGAAUAUUCGAGAUGAUUUUAUGAUGAUUGGUUGUGAUCGAAGCGAAGGCCUUUUGAAAAUAUGUCGCGAUCGCGGCUAUCAAGUUUUUCUGUCUGAUUGCAUGAAGAUUCCUGUUCCAACGAAUAUGUUCGAUGGUGCUAUUUGUAUUGCUGUUCUUCAUCACAUCAGUACUGAAAACCGAAGAUUAGCGGCUUUGAGGGAAAUUGUACGGCUAUUAAAGCCAGGCGGACAAGCGUUGGUUACUGUUUGGGCGAAAGAACAAGAAGUUGAAAAUAAGAAAAGUACCUAUAUUACCAAGAAUGCUAAGCCGCCAUGUCCGAUUCAUUCUACACAUGAAGAAACCAAGGAAUUGAGCAUUCAUACGCCGCGAACGGAAUUUCAACGAUCGGAUUGUCUUGUUCCAUGGACUAAACCGAACGAAAAACUAUUGAGAUAUUAUCAUGUUUUUGUUAGACAUGAGCUUGAACGUACAUUGACACACAUACCAGAAGCCAAGAUUGUAAAUUCCUAUAAUGAUGAUGGGAAUUGGUGCAUAAUUUUCAUGAAAAUCGCCUGA